ACUGGAACCAAUGAGAAGUCUCAAGAGGCGUGGCCUUUCCUGCUCAUCAAUCACUCCCCUCCCCCUGUCUCUCUCACUCUCCCCGGGGUACACAAUGGAUUGGCUGAUCCGACCGGCACAGGCACGUGACUGCUCCCACAUAAUGGCCAUGAUACAGGAGCUGGCCCAGUAUGAGGGAAUCUCUCACUUCAUCAAACUCACAGAGACAGAGUUGCAGCGGGAUGGAUUUGGUGACACCCCCUGGUUUCGCUGUAUAGUGGCCGAGGUGCCCGACAAGGAGAGAACAGGUGAAACAGGUGCCCCCUUUGCUGGAUAUGCUCUGUUUGCCAACAGCUACAGCAGCUGGACAGGCCGCACCCUGCACCUCGAGGAUCUCUAUGUGUCUCCCCAAUUCAGAGGGAGGGGCCUUGGGAGGCUUCUGAUGAAGAAAGUAGCACAGGACAUGCUGAUCGGCACCUUGCUUGGAGCAUCUGUGGGGAGAGAAUGGCUGUGGCACAAGCUGCUGGUGCAUGUGGUCUCCAGGGCUUAUGUUGGACCUCUGUACAGAACGAGACUCCAGCAAGGAUCUGUUGGCCGGCCAAGGACUCUACAUGGAACUUCAUUCUGUCAGCAGGCAACACCAACCUACUCCUCACUGAGAUGCCCUCGGAAGCAGACGCUAAGGCCAAGCCUAACUUGGCCCCUUAGUCACAGGACAUUAUGGACUAGCAGGUGGCGUUGGUACAGCAGUGCCACCUCCUCACAGGCUGCAGGAGACCAGGCAAAACCUUUACAGGAGGACAAUCCUCCCACCACAAGUAGGAAGGACGUGAGCUCAAAGGAUUUAAGGAGGCUGCUUUCCCUCGCCCAUCCUGAGAGAUGGAGACUUUCUGCUGCCGUGGGAUUUCUGACCGUAUCCAGCGUAGUCACCAUGUCAGCUCCAUUUUUCCUUGGGAAAGUUAUUGACGUCAUAUACUCUAAUCCCUCUGGAGACUUCUCCUCCAGCCUGACCUCCCUCUGUGCCUUUCUGAGUGGAGUCUUCUUGUGUGGAGCCUUAGCCAACGCAGCUCGUGUCUACCUCAUGCAGACCUCGGGCCAGCAGAUUGUGAGCAGGCUACGCUCGGCCCUCUUUGCCUCUGUUAUGAGACAGGAGGUUGGGUUCUUUGAUAAAACCCGCACUGGGGAACUGAUCAACAGACUGUCCUCCGACACGGCUUUGCUUGGCCGAUCCCUCACAGAGAACCUGUCUGAUGGCCUAAGAGCGGUGGCCCAGGCCUCAGUCGGUGUGGGAAUGAUGUUUUAUGUGUCUCCAGAGCUGGCUACCUUCGUCCUGAGCAUUGUCCCACCCCUUGGCAUCAUGGCGGUGAUCUAUGGAAGAUACCUGAGGAAACUCUCCAGACUGACGCAGGACUCCCUGGCUGAGACCACCCAACUGGCAGAGGAGCGCAUUGGCAGCAUAAGGACUGUCCGUGCAUUUGGGAAAGAGCUCCUGGAGAUGAAGAAAUACGACCAUAAAGUAGACAAUGUGCUCCACUUGGCGUAUAAAGAGGCUCUGCUCCGCUCUGGCUUCUUUGGACUUACUGGUUUGACUGGGAAUAUCAUUGUGCUGGCGGUGCUCUACAAGGGAGGGCUGUUGACCCAAGCUGCUCAGAUGACAGUCGGAGAGCUCUCCUCAUUCCUCAUGUACGCUUUUUGGGUAGGGAUAAGCAUUGGUGGCUUGAGCUCCUUCUAUUCAGAGCUAAUGAAAGGAUUUGGGGCAGGGGGUCGUCUUUGGGAACUGCUUGACCGGGAGCCCAUCAUGCCUUUCAAUGAGGGCUUGGAGUUAAAACCAUCAGCCUUUAAAGGGGCCCUGGAAUUUCAAGACAUUUGCUUCUCUUACCCCAGCCGUCCCGACAUCAAAAUAUUCAAAAGACUCAACCUUUCUAUUCCUGCAGGGUCAGUGAUGGCUGUAGUAGGCCCAAGUGGGUCGGGAAAAUCAACUCUUGUCUCUCUCCUGCUGAGACUUUAUGAUCCCCGCGUGGGGUCGGUUCAUAUUGAUGGGUACGACGUGCGGCAGUUGAACCCUCUCUGGCUGAGGUCAAACAUCGGCACAGUGAACCAGGAGCCCGUGCUCUUCUCCUGCUCCAUCUUUGAGAACAUUGCCUACGGAGCAGAGGACCCCACAGCAGUCACAGAAGAGGAUAUCCGUAGAGUCGCCAAAAUUGCCAAUGCUCUGGGCUUUGUGGAGAGCUUCCCCAAAGGGUUUCAUACAGUAGUCGGGGAAAAGGGGGUCUUGCUUUCUGGUGGGCAGAAACAAAGGAUCGCCAUUGCCCGUGCCCUUCUGAAGAACCCCAAGAUUCUCCUUCUAGAUGAAGCAACGAGCGCUCUGGACGCUGAGAAUGAGUUUUUGGUGCAGGAGGCUCUGGAGCGACUCAUGGAGGGACGGACUGUUCUGAUUAUUGCCCAUCGCUUGUCCACCAUCCAAAAUGCCGACUCUGUGGCGGUUCUUGAUCAGGGUCGGGUGGUGGAGUGCGGGACCCACAAGGAGCUGCUGGCUAACAGAGAGGGAGUCUUUAGCAAACUGAUGGACAAGCAGGCCGUUCUGCUGCAGGGCCACCAACAGCACAUUCUUCAGUGAGGGGUGGGGCAGUAGAUGAGGGGCCCAGGAAUCCCCCCACUAUAACUGCAGCUGACUGUAUAAAUUCCCAGCAGCCCCUGAGAGCAGAAAGGAUGGGGUGGUGGGAGCUAUAGUGGAACAGCUGCUGAAGUGCUGCAGAUAUCUGUGGUGUAAGUACCCCGGGGCAGAUUGUUAUUUAUAAGGUAAGGAAACUGCACUGUUGUACUGGGACGGCAAUAUAUGUACCCCAAUAUAAACCCAGUCCUGUUGUGUAAUGCACUGGGAAUACCCCCCAUAUGGACAGAGCUGCUACAGGAAUAAUCAGGAAUAAAGUUUUUAUGUCUCUA